UGUAUUGUCGUAUGCUAUGGUGAUCAAGAACUGACAUCCUUUUCGUGAACUCGCAUGAUAUUUUGCGCGCGGGAAGCUAGGUAGGCUAGCUACAGGGAGACUAUCCGAUUGCCGUGGGAAACCUUUUCCGGAUUGCACUACUCCGCCAAAUCGAUGGGUAAGGAGUAUAAGGACGGGCAGCUCACUGUAAUUGGGUCAAGGAGGACACAAUUCCUAAUAAUCGCUAUCUUCAUCCUUGAAUACGAGAUCAGUUGUCUGACCCAUCUUGUUCAAAAUGUCUCCUAUCGUGGAUGUAACCGCCAUUCUGAUCGCAAAUCCGGGGAAGAUAGAGAGGGUUGUGGACGAGUUCCGUAAGAUGGAAGUAUAUGUCAAGGCAAACGAGCCCCAGGUCCUCCGUUACGAGCUGCGCCGCGGCCUGCCCGAGAAGAAUAACGGCGUCGAACUGGUAGUUAUCAGAGAGAUAUACGCCAAUGAGGAAGUCCAACGGGCACACAUUGCCACCCCACAAUGCCAGGCUUUUAUGAAGGCAAUGGAGGAGGAAAAAUUGUGCUCGGAAGUCAAGGUAGUUGUCACGAAGCCUGGCGGCCCCGGACUAGGUUUUGAAGCUCGUCUGUAAUGCCGUUGGAACUUAGUAAUGAUUCCCAAUUGUCUUACCUCGUUCCUCUUGCUUUGGGAGCCAUGUGAUUAUUAUGGUUGGCAUUCGCGUCCAGGACCGUUUGU